AAUCUAUCCAUAACAAUUUUUACACUCGAAAGGGAAGGUCGUGCAGUAUGUUAAUAUAAUGUGGAAAGGUAUAUUUAAGGCUAAAUAGCGAAUAUGUUUGGAUUAAGCCAGUUUUUGUUGUGAUUUCCAUGUGAAGUGAAAUUACUGCUCGCUGGCUAGUUCUCUUGGUUACUCUUGUUUCCCGGGAGCAAAGAACAUGGAUAAGUAUGAGGAUGAUGCGGGUAUCCGGGCGAGUAAAUUAAUAGAGGAUCUUUCAAUGUACGAACCGUACAAAGAUGGGAUUUACAGUGCAAGAAGAGACAUGGUCAUUAGCCCAGAUUUGGAUUUUUCGACUCAAAUUAUUCCCGAGCAAAAAGCGAAAAGAAUGAAUGGUAGUUCUGCGCCUCAUCAACUGCCCCAUACCUUUGAAAAGUACUCGUCUGGGAGCAAAGUUUACAAUGCGGCUCCUGUGCGCCCGGUAAAUGGAAACCGACCAAUUCACGAAGAUUUUUGCAACCCUCCACGAGAUCCUAUCUAUUGUGAAGAUGGCCAUUGCACCAAAUCGGAGAUUGCCUUGCCGUGCUACAGCGGGUCUUCUGAACGGCACAAGAGGUACUCAAUGGAGGUGCAUGCGCAUAGGUACAGCACCGGUAGCGCGUAUGAUGGAGUGGCGGUGAAACAAGGUGCUUUUCCUCCCUUCCCCGGCAACAGGAGCAACAGUGUCUGCAUUACUACCAAUCAGGACGGCAGGUACAAUGCAACAAGCCCACGGUCGAGUUUAGCGUCUUCCUUGUUCUCGCAGGAGCAGAGCAAGCACCCAAGCCCGCGAUCUAGUAUCAGCAGCCCGCGGACAAGUCUGGUGGUACCCGGUCAAGAAAAAAUGAGCAGUCCCAGAUCCAGUUUGGUGCAAUACGACGGGAACAGUAUACUUAGCCCGAGGUCCAGUUACGCAAGCACAGCCAGCGAUACCAGUAAACAUUCCAGUCCAAGGACCAGUUUGAACAGCUAUGACUGCGGUAGCAAACCCAGCAGCAACCGUACUAGUGGCAUCAGUAUGGGCUAUGACCAACGGCACAUCAGUCCAAGGUCUAGUACGGCUAGCCAGUACUCUUGUACCACAAGUCCUCGGUCUAGCUACUCUGAUUCUCGGUACAUGCCGAGUGGAAGUCAUGAACUCGAGGGCGCAGUACAUGGCUUGCCAGUGGUCAGUCCCCAGUCCGGCAUGAGUAUCCAGGACGGCAGCGCUAGACCGGCUAACUGCGUGUUGAGUCCGCGCUCUAGUAUUUCUAGCCACAGUUCCAGGAGUUCCCGCAGUUCACGGGGAUCCAUGAGCACGUACCCGGAGCUACAGCUACCGUCGCCCCGGUCGUCAAUGUUGGGACCUGGUUUACAAGAAAGCACGGUAAUUCAAGAUUUUGGAGACACGAGCUGCGUUCACAACACGAUUGAUCUCCAGUCGUUCCCUGUGAUGCAGGAAGCACAGCAGAUGCAGCAGGGGACACAACAUGGAUUAAACCCCGAACCAACGCUGGGCCUACCAGCAUCUUUUAAUUACGGUAGCCCUACGAAAAGUUCGACCCCUGCACAGAAGUUUAUGUUGCCUUACCAAGUCACCCCGUGCCGGGAAAGUGGCCCCAGCCAAGCCGAAAAACGGCUAGAGGCGCUCACCCUAGAGCUGGAGAAGGAGCUAGAGAUGCACAUUAAAAAAGAAUAUUUCGGAAUCUGUGUCAAAUGUGGUAAGGGUGUGUACGGAGCCAGCCAAGCCUGCCAAGCCAUGGGCAACCUCUACCACACCAACUGUUUUACCUGCUGCUCAUGUGGGAGAAGGCUGAGAGGGAAAGCGUUCUACAAUGUCAACGGCAAGGUCUACUGUGAAGAGGAUUUUUUGUAUUCUGGGUUCCAGCAAACAGCAGAGAAGUGUUUUGUGUGUGGUCAUCUCAUCAUGGAAAUGAUACUGCAGGCUCUGGGCAAGUCCUACCACCCUGGCUGCUUCCGCUGCGUGGUCUGCAAUGACGGGCUAGACGGCGUGCCUUUCACCGUGGACGUGGAGAACAACAUCUACUGUGUGAAAGACUACCACACAGUAUUCGCUCCCAAAUGUGCCUCCUGCAACCAGCCCAUCCUUCCCGCCCAGGGCUCUGAGGAGACGAUUAGGGUGGUGUCCAUGGACAAGGACUACCAUGUGGAGUGCUAUCACUGUGAGGACUGUGAGCUGCAGCUGAAUGACGAGGAGGGCCACCGGUGCUACCCCCUGGAGGGCCGGCUCCUGUGUCACGGCUGCCACCUCCGCAGGCUCAAAGCCCAGACGCCCUCGCAGCCGGCGGCCGGGUGCCCCCUGCACGUCACCGAGCUGUGAGCGCCCUGGGCACGCCGGGCGCGGCGGGACCGAGGACCAGCGGCGGAGACGGACAAACAGAGAGGCUCCUGGGAGCCGUCUCUGUCCAACGGGACUCCGCUAACCUCUGGAGGUGGGGAGGACAUUGAAUUGACUCACGCUGCUAGGACGGUGUGCAGCAAAGCGGGGAAAGGGGAAUGUCUCUCCUUUGUUUUUCCAGUACAUUUCAGCGUAAGAGAGUAAAAGUGGCCCCGUCUAUAGCCCACGGGGCUGACCAAGGCAGUGCCUACCCACAAUGCCUGUGCAGAAGGAAUAUUCCCUAUCUCCCAUUGGCUCCUUCCACUGAAGAUGUGCACCUACGAGGUGUUUACUGCUUUCCUGUGUAACUCACUGUAAACGAUGCGCGACAUGGCUCUGGUUAGCCAUGUACGAAAAAUGGUCUCAACUGCUCUCGCACAGAGGAGCUGCUAACACUGUAACUACGACGUAGCCGCACUUCAGGAACCUCGCACUUAGAGAACUGUUGUCCUAUUCGCUCCCUCGUUGGGACACGGCAGUCCAACUACAUUCCUAUAGGCUAUGCAAGGUGACUGCACGGCCCCCUGUGUGACUUUCCGACGACUUACAGCGGUUUGUGACCUAGCACCAACUGCUUAAGAGUGCGUUGCUGGCAUUAAUUAAUUCCACGCAUAAUAUCUCAACCAGCAUCGAUAUUAGUUCAAUGUGAUUUCACAAGCAGUGUCUUAAUAAUUAUAACAAGAAUUAGAUGUACAUAGGUUGUCCUUUUUAUAUAUAAAAUAUAUAUUUUGCUGAAUCUUUUCCAGGAAUUUAAACUUUUCCACUUUAAGAAACUAGAGAUGUAGCUUAUUUGCCUUGCUUAGUUUUUUGGUUGCACAUGGAAUCGGAGGACGGGGAGUAUGUUCUAGGUGGGACAUGUAUUCCUGCGACUCAUAGUCCUGAUCAGUUGUACAGUAUUGGUACAGGGCAUGUUCCAGCCUUUGUCCUCUGAUGGUGGUCCAGGAGGCGUCUUUUGCCAUUUCAAACGACCCCCAGACCUCGCUUUUAAUGUACUCGAGCCUCCGGAACGUCGAAGCGGUGAACACAGAGGGGGCACAUGACUCAUGGUCACCUGACCAUAGCUUGACAUCCCCUCGACCUUAAGCACACGCAGUGAUAACGGAACGCAGUGAUGUUGCGUGGCAGUAACUUUAGACUGGAGUGGAGUGGGGGGUGCGAUGUGUCAGAGAGAUGGUGACGCACAGCCGUGUAUAGCGCAGCGUGAACUGGGAGUUUUAAAGAACCCAACAGCACUUUUUUCCUCCCUGAAAGCAGCAGGGGCCUCAGGCUCUUAAGUAUUCAAUCCCAUAUCGGUUUAAAAUAUGAAUUCUGUCAUGUUACAUGUCUACCAAUAGUCCUUUGUUCCUCCUAGAACAGUUCACAGCACCCCAGCUGUUAGAGCCCAACCGCGAUAAGCGCUCACUGACCUGCUGCUCUGAAUCUCAAGCCUACUCAGAACCGGUGUUUCUUAGUACUACUGAACCGAACAGAGACUGAAGCUAUUGGAAAAUAGAAGAUGGCUGAGAAUGUACUUAAACUUUAUAUAUAUAACUGACCCAUUUCAAACCAGAUGGCUAAUCAGCACAAGUAAUAUGUUACCACUUGCAAGUGGGAAGCACAGUGUCUUUCUACUGUAAACUCCACAUUUCCAAAGAACCCUCUAGCUCUCUCUGCUUUUAGUCUUUUUAUACGGCGAGAGACUCUAAUCUCUGUUAUGCUUGCAACAUUCCCAAUGUAUGUGAUUCUUAAAGUGGGGGUUACUGAAGUACAAUAAAGAAAUGGUAUGCUACCUAUGUUUACCUGCAAGAGAUUGAAAACGGAGAAGCUCCAAAUAGAACAUGUUCCAUUCCAGGAUAAUUAAUUUUCUUUUGCAAUAAUUUGACCCCCUGUUGUAUGCCAGCUAAUUAGUUUGCCUGCACAAAACACCCAAGCUAGUAUAGCUACACAUUCUGUUAAAUCUUUUUCUCCUGCAAGCAAUUCUCGAUUAAGAUGUGACUGCAAGAGGUGUCUAUCGUUCAGUUUAAUUCCUUAGAUGGUUUAUGAAAAGACAGGUUAUGUAGAUUUAUUUAUCCAAAUAUGAAAAGUCUAAAGUUAUUUAAUGUAUUAAAAGUCAGAAGUGUCAUUUAACCUUAGAUGAUAUAAUAUUCUCCAUUUUUUUCAGUAACGUGAUCUUGUAGUUAACUUAAGCGAUUUUAAGCGAUUCUGUCAUUACUGGUUAAAGAUGCACAAUGUGCUGUCAGUCAUGUAAGUGGCCUGCUGGGUAUUUUUAAAGUAUUUGUUUUGGGGUUUUUUUGUUUUUUUUUUUGUUUCCAGAACCAGGUCAGAGCUCACAACUGAAAAUAAAGAAAAU